AUGUUUAAGACCUACAAUUUCGAUGAUAUUAUGCUCAUUCCGCGCGAGUGUGUUCUCGACUCUCGCAAGGAAGCCGACGUUAGUGCUAGACUUGGCAACAGGUCAUUUAAAAUUCCAUUAAUGACCGCCAAUAUGCCUUCCGUCAUCGACGAGAAUGUAGCCAUAAAACUGGCCAGUUCAGGCUACCUGUACAGUAUGCAUCGAUUCGGGAUUGAUAUUCUCGCCUUUUGCAAGAAGAUGGUUAGUUUGGGCCUUUACGUUUCCAUUUCCGUCGGUAUUAAGCAGGAAUCCUACGACUUGCUGACCGAACUGAAGGAAAACGGCAUUGUUCCCGAUUAUGUUUCCAUAGACAUUGCACACGGCCACAAUCCGCGCGUUAAGAAGGUCAUUGACCACAUCCGGUCACUGUUCGGAGAUAAAACGUUUAUCAUUGCCGGGACAGUCGGUAGCCCAGAGGGGCUAAGAGCUCUCGAGGAUUGGGGCGCCGACGCCGUCAGGGUCGGAAUUGGCCAGGGCCACGUUUGCACGACUGCCUUUAAGACUGGCUUCGGGACCAGGAAUUGGCAACUGAGUGCCGUAGCGGAGUGUGCCAAGGUCGCAAAAAAGGUCGUUAUUUGCGACGGAGGCGUGGAACGGAGCGCUGAUAUCGCCAAGGCCAUUCACGUUGGUGCACACUGGAUCAUGUCCGGCGUUCUUUUCUCAGGAACCACUGACUCCCCGGGCAAACUAGUGGAGAAAAACGGGGUCAAGUACAAGGCAUACUACGGAAACGCCUCGCAAAGAGUCAAGGGCGAUUACCACAGGAUUGAGGGCAUGGAAACACUAGUCGAGUGCAAAACAACUCUUGCCGAGAGGCUCCUGGAGAUAGAGGAGGACCUGCAGUCAGCGGUCUCCUACUCGGGAGGCACCAGGCUCGAGGACAUUCGCCAUGUAGACCACGUUUUCGUAAAAUCCUCUUGA